AUGGAGAAGGAGACUCUAGCGGAAUUACCAGACGAAGCAUCAAGACCCACCUACGACGAAGCCCUGAUGAACAUUAAUGCCGGAAUGCUAAAUCAAGAGGAUGAACUCGCCAACAAGAUAUCAACUGCUCAAAAGGAUACAGGCAAAUACCUAGGAGAAACAAUGGAAUAUUUUGGUGAUGACAAAGCUGUAUCAAAUCAAGUUGCACAAGAAAACGACAGCCCAUCACGAUCCAGGAGAAGAAUACAAACUCAUACGCAGGAACCUGAUAGGCAUAAGCAUGAAAGAGGAAGAAUCAGCACAAAUAACGAAAGCCCUAAACUCAUAAAGAAAAUGAUGACCGGUCACCCAAAUGAGAAUCUGAAGGAAUGCCUUGACAAUGACGAAAUUCUAAAGACCAAAAAUAAUAAGAGCAACAACAGUAAAGAGGAAGAUAAUGCUGGAGGAUGCUCGAAGGUGAAAAAAAGACAACACUUAUGUGAGCUGACCCAUGUGACGAACCCUUCAGCACAAGAAAAUGAUCAACCAUUACAGAUAAUUGAAACCAAUGAGGAGGAUAUAGCAUUACACGAAACAACUUCGCGGACAAUGAACCAGACCCUGGAGAUACUCAACCGGAUAUAA